GGUCUAGAAGCGAACUUACUGUCUAUGGAAGCGAAUUGAUCAUUUGUCCCCACAAUGAUGUUUCAGUUGUCAAAACAAUGGGAGCGAUCAAUUAUUUUUGAGAAUGUUCUGUUUGUCGGUCUUGCUGUUUGUCUAGAGCUGUAACUGUCGGUUAAAUAAAGACGGCGAAGUUGUUUUGGAGCACAACCAGUGCACUCAGCUAAAUAGGAAGCACGAGACUAGUGUGUUGAAUUGGUAAGAACAGACAGCAUCUUCCAUAUUAUCAAUGGCAUCACAAGAGAAAACCAAACUGGUGCUACUGGCAUGUGGGUCAUUUAACCCCAUCACAAACAUGCACCUGCGUAUGUUCGAACUGGCGCGGGAUCACCUGGAAGACACUGGAAGAUACAGAGUGGUGAAAGGCAUAAUCUCUCCAGUUGGCGAUAGCUAUAAAAAGAAAGGUUUGAUUGGAGCAUGUCAUCGGUUACAGAUGGCUAGACUGGCCACGGAGAACUCCGAUUGGAUCACAGUGAAUGAAUGGGAGAGUCAGCAGUCGGAGUGGGUGGAGACAGCCAAAGUAGUUCGGCACCAUCAUGCAGAACUCAUUUCCAGCGAGGACAGCAACAAUGAUGACGUGGACACUGUGAGGUGUGGCAAGAGGAUAAAGCUGGAGCAAAAUAAAAGCAUCUGUCAGAGUUCUUAUGUUAACACAAAUACAGAGACCCCUCAUCUGAAGCUGCUAUGUGGUGCCGAUGUGCUGGAGUCAUUUGGUGUCCCCAACCUUUGGAAGCCAGAGGACAUUGAGGAGAUCGUGGGAAAGUACGGUUUGGUGUGCAUCACAAGAUGUGGCAGUGACGCUGAGAAGUUUAUCAAUCAGUCUGACGUGCUGUACGAACACCGAAAGAACAUCCAUAUUGUUCGAGAAUGGGUGACCAACGAGAUCUCAGCUACACAUGUGCGCCGUGCCCUGCGCAGAGGACAGAGCGUUCGCUACUUGCUGCCCGACCCGGUGGUGCGCUAUAUUCAGGAUCACAGUCUGUAUAGCGCUGAGAGCGAGCAGAAGAAUGCUGAUGUCAUACUCGCCCCUCUUCAGAGAUACACCAGCACUAACUAGACUGAUGGUCUGCUGCUUUUGAGCUAGACUCUUGUUCUGUUUGGGGUAUUUGAUUGCGUAAUUGACUCUUGAUUCAUAGUGCUUUUUGCUUUCUUGAACACAUUUGGCUAAUGAGCAAUUUGCAUUUGAUCGGGAAUUAUUUAGUAUGGCCAAUAGUGAAUGAUGCAUUUUGUGAAAUAUUAUUUGUUUUGAUUUUUUAAAUCAAUUUUAGAACAGGAAGUUUGCAAGUUUUUACAAUUAUAUACCUCUAGAGUAUACAAAAAAUUAUUUCAAUAUUUAGAACAAUAAAUGGUUUGCAAUAUGGGUGCCAAUAAAUGUAAAAACUGUUUAUAAUUGCCAUUUGCUCCUUUUUAUUAUUGUACCUAUAAUCUGUUAAAAAAAUGAUUGCAUGACAAGUGUUGAGCGUCAGUAGAGAAGGUUGCUCUAGAAUUCAUGCAAUGCCACAUUUGCGUGACAUUUAUUUGACAAGUGAGAACAUUUGCCUUAGCAUUUAAACUUUUUUGUUUUGUUUUUUUUCAUUUUAGAGAAUUCAGUGUUGAGAUCUUGACAUGUAGAGUAAAGCAAUUUGACAGUGAAGUGCUCUUGCAUGUUUUUGGGGGAUUUUUUUUGUAGUUACAGAACAAGUAUGAUCUUAAUCUGCAGACCAUCAGUGCUAAUAUAUGAAAAUCCUAUCUUAUACCACAUAUAUACUGCAGCAAUGUGGGAAUUCCCUGCUUGGAACAACGUGACUACUACAGCAAAUACUUUUAGUUGAUUUUCGCCCAUGUAUAGUGAAGUUGUUUGUUUUCUGUUAAGAAUAAGAUCAUAUCUACACCUACAUUCACCCUCAGGCACUUGUCCUGGUGUGUAAAAUUUAGAGAUAGUAAACUUUAAAAAGACUUUAGUUUCCCUGGUUCUCUCACUCGUUGUGUCUGUCACUUUGAUUCAUUAGGUACAUUUGCAUAUAAUAAAAACAUCCUAGCAUAUCA